UCGUCUGCAUCUACGUGGUUCUCAACCAUCGUCAGGAAUGUAUCCUCUCGGUUGAUCCCAUGGGACUCGAUAGGAGGUCCUUCUGACUAACGUCGAUCCAUUCGUUGAUUUAUUUGUCGAUCCUUUCGUCGAUAUCGAGAACGCGAUUGGUAGAGUAGCGCCUCGUGGCGCGUUAGAACGCCAGACAAAGUCGAUCGAAGGUGGUCGUGCGGCGAAGAACGUGCGCGGAGCAGGAGGGCGUUGAGGAACGCCACUGGCCACGUGACCCGCUAGCAGAAUCCGCGGCGUCCGCCGAAAAUCUAAAUCCGUCCGAGCCGAGAAGAAGAGGCACCCGCCGCCGGCCUCCGGGGACUCGUCGCCCGAGACCGUAAACGCGAUAGUCAAUAAUUGCCUUUAGGGUGCACCGGAUCGGCGAGCGGCAGGAGAUCGAGCGCGAUCAUCGUCCGCGUGUGCAUCAACGACUCGUCGGAAAACGUAGCUCGUCUCCUCGGUGGCUUCGAACCAGGGGAGGGUAGCCAAGGCAUUGGAAGAAUGAUACGCGUCGACGAGACUGACCCGGUGGGCGGUAAGGGAGCCCGAGCAUUUCUCGAUACACCAAACGGCGUGCCAAGCCUUGUGGAAUGUUGAUGAUCGUGUCGAAGAUGAUCGUGUUUCGUGAAUGAUGAAAAUGAUUGUUGGGAUAUAUGUAGACGAGAUAAAUAAGUCGAGCCGAGUUUUCCCUAUCGAGAUGUGCUGGUACGUCGAGGUGUGGAAUUCAAGGAUCAUUACGACAUUCAAUCGGAGAUCGGACGAGGAAAAUUUGGCACCGUUUAUCGAUGUAAAGAGAAAGUAAGUGGUUUGAUGCUCGCCGCAAAGGUGGUGAGCACUGCGAAAAAGGAGGACAGACGAGCUGUGGAGCGAGAAGUCGAAAUUAUGAGACGACUGCAGCAUCCACGACUUAUUCAGCUCUAUGAUGCCAUAGACACGGGCAAACAAGUAUACGUAAUUUUGGAACUGAUCGAAGGUGGCGAACUAUUUGAGAGGGUGAUCGAUGACGACUUUGUAUUAACAGAACGUAGUUGCGCCGUUUUCAUGCGACAAAUCUGUGAGGGUAUAGAAUUUAUUCACCGACAGAAUAUUUUACAUUUGGAUUUAAAGCCUGAAAACAUAUUGUGUUUGACGAAAGAAGGUAACAGGAUUAAAAUCAUAGACUUCGGCUUGGCGAGGGAGUACGAUCCAAAGAAGAAGCUGCAAGUUCUAUUUGGUACGCCAGAGUUCGUUGCACCGGAAGUCGUAAAUUUCGAUCAGAUUGGUUAUGGUACCGACAUGUGGAGUAUAGGCGUCAUCUGUUACGUAUUAUUAUCCGGUUUAUCACCGUUCAUGGGGGAUACAGAUAUUGAGACUAUGGCUAAUGUGACCAUCGCGAAGUAUGAUUUUGAUCAUGACGCGUUUGCCAACAUCUCGGAAGACGCAAAAGACUUUAUUCGGUGCCUGCUAGUCAAAGACAAAGAUAAUCGUAUGACGGCCGUCCAGUGCAGAGAGCAUCCCUGGUUGGCCAAAAAGCCAAGCACACAGCAGCAGACCGAAGAAACGGUGACAAUUUCAAAACCGACAGCAUCUGGGAAAAACCUGCGGAUCCCUCGAGUGCAGACGAGCAACGUAGACGAGCUAGACGUGACCAAGGACAACCUGAGGCUGUUCGUCGAGCGCUGGCGAGAGCACCCAGACAGUCCAUACCUGAUCGAUUUUCCUCAGUACACAUUGCCCUCGCAGAACUCGACUCGCGAUCACGAGGAAUUAGUCUCUUUGGAGGGCCACAGCCCAUCUCCUUGCGCUAGUAUUUGCAGCACAUUGUCGGAAGCGACGGACAGCUCUCCCCAAGAGAGCCACGGCUCGUUCCUGACAGUACCUACCUUCGGAUUUGGUCUCGAAAGGAGAGCUUCUGAGGGUGUCGCCACAGAGAAGUCAAGGAGCGAUCCCGCCAGCCAGAUCGUUCUCGCUGAAGAAAUAAUUAAAUUGUCAGAACGUUUGCGAUCUAUAGCCAUGGGGACGUGUAUGAAGUCAAACGAGGAGGAGACCUCCUCGGAGAGUAGUCACCAGAGCAAAAGGACGGAGAAACUUGAGGACAAGGAUAAUAGAAACGGUGUUCGUUCGAGGAGUAACGGAUUGGUUGCUGAGAAUACCGGGUGCAAUGAGAUUACAGAAAAAUUGUCGAGUAUAGUACGGCACAGGAAACUAAAUGGAACGACUUUUCAUAGCAGUCGUAGUUUUGAUAAGUAUUCCGAGCCGAACACUGGAAAUGUUUUUGCCUCUUUAAAAAAAAUGAAGCAGAAGAAAGAGGAAGAUAGAAAUCAGGAGGAAUCUACUGGUUCUAUUAGAUCAGAAUCUUUAGUAGGAAAAGUAGAUAAUUUGACGAGUGACGAUAACGUGAGAAUAUCUAGCAGGAACGAGGUUGAGAUGGAUCUGACACCACCAUGGCGACGUCCACGAGUGAAACAGUUUGGUGAGACUAGUAGGGAUGUUCCACGAAUUUCUGGACUUCGUAACUUGCACAAAAGUCUGAACCUUGAUGAACCUACUAGCACUAAGAAUUUGUUGCUUCAUCUGCUUGGUGAGUGGGAAGAGGUUGCCACGAGGCCAUCCGGUGUUGGCCGGAAGUCUGUAAGCGUCGACUGGUGCGGUGAAGAAUCUGUAGCCAGAAAGACGAUGAACUCUUUGGCUGAGUAUUUCCAAUCUAAGCAACAAAAGUCGACAGCUUCCAACGUUAGUUCGUCAGAAUCGAGUUCGAUACAUCGUUGAAGCAAUUUGUUAACUGGGUUAAGGACUAUGUCGUUUUGUCUGUCGUCACGACAGCGAGCGUGAUUGUUCAUCGUUGUGAAGUUCUCAGGGCAAUGGAAGAAACGAAAAUAGUGGUAACGCUGGCUUCUACGAUCAUUUCAUUCUACGAUCUACGUUCAUUUUGUUGUUUAAUGCUUGCGCACAGAGAUUGUUACUUCCGGUUUGAGCGAAGCUGAAAAGUUUGUAGUGAGUGUGUAAUGACAUUUAUUUGAAUUCAUUUGUGUCGAAUUCAAAUAAAUACGUGAGUUCCUGGUGAAUUGCUCGUGUUAUCAGAUUUAUUAUGUUCGACUUAGAGAAA